AUGUCAUCCCAGGCAGAAACAUCGCAGAAAGAAGAUGAUCUCAAGACCUCGGGUCAACUAGGAGACGACAUCGCGUCGUUAUUCUGCACCAGUAACUUCGAUGGGUCUGAUCGGGACUAUCUCCCCGAAGGCUGUCUGGAUAACCUCAUCACUGCGGAGAAUGUCAAGUGCGAGCUGGAUAAAUUCACAGAAGGCCUGCACUGUUUGAAAACGGAAGAUUCGCGUAGGAGAAACCGCGAGACGUACACGGAUGACUUUCGCCAGGAGCUCGGAAGAUGGAUCCAAAACAAUGCACCGAGAACCUUUGCUACGAUGGUACACUGCGACCUCGGCCCUCUUCAUCUGCUUAUGUCAAUGCAGAAGUGUCGAGACACUAAUUUCAAUGACCAAAGUCUGCCCAUACUUGCUCCGAAUUCGAUGCCCGAGUCCUGGAACGCGAGCAUCUGGCCGAGACAUAAGUUGCGAGACUUCUACGACAAACAAUGGAAAUUCCUUGCACCCGUCUUCUCAAAAUACGAGUACCACUACGACUGUCAAAAAAACUGCAUUUUCCCAUUCACGAAAGAGAAUGUACCACCUAGGUACGGAGCUUUCAGUACCGUGUACAAAGUUACGGUUCAUGCAAAGCACCAAAAGCACGAUUCUAUGCAAGCAGUAAGCAACCCCGCGUGCCUCAUUGUCAUUUUUAUGGCGUGAUCUGAAAUUUUCAAAGGUAGCCAUCAAAGAGAUUCAGAUCAUUCGAGGCGACAGAAAGACGCAAUAUGAUUGUGACGUCACAUGGGACAACGAAGCGAGAGCACUGAAGAGCAUUAACGAUAUUGGUCACGAUCACAUCGUCAAGUGUAUCGCAGCCAUACGAAGAGGAGAUAGCCGUUACUUCAUGUUUCCGUGGGCAGAUGGUGACAGUCUGCGAGACCACUGGGAUGGCGUACCGAAACGGGAUCCUGACGCGUUUACGAUACAAGAAGCUAUUACUCAACUUCGCGGACUUGCCGACGCUCUGGAUUGUCUUCACGAUUGUAAAAACCGAGACGAGAUAGCCAUGGAGACGAAAUGGAAGUUGAAAACAAGUUCCCAGACGCACCUGAUGUGCAAGUACAAAAUGAGCAUGACGAGGUUUCCCGCCCCGUAGAGGUGUCCAACGAUGACAACAUUCGGCAUGGUGAUCUCAAGCCCGAGAACAUCUUAUGCUUCAAAAACCCUAGUCCAGGUCUUGGGAUGCUGAAGAUUGCGGAUAUGGGUCUUGCCAAACGUCACAUCAACAAAACCCAGUCUCGAAAGCUGACAAGCACAAGGUACGGAACUAUACAUUACGAGCCUCCUGAAGCAGCACCGGGACACAAAGGAUCUCGCAGCCGACUCUAUGAUAUCUGGUCCAUGGGCUGCAUUACUUUAGAGAUGAUCAUCUGGGUUCUCUAUGGUAACGACAAGCUUGAAGAAUUCUAUAGGCAAGUCAAGGGCGGCACAAAAGAAGUAUGUCGAUACUACACGAUCAUAAAUACCAGUAAAGAACAACGCGCCAUUUUGCACCCAGAGGUACGUCGAUGGAUAGAUCACCUUCGAACCAAAGACCCGGAAUGCUCUAAAGACUCUGCGUUCAGCGAUCUUCUGAAGACAGUAGAAGAAAGUCUUCUGGUGGUGCCUCUCAAGCCUACUAGAGAGAGCACAAUGGAAAAUGGGCGAGUAUUCGUACCACCUGAAGGUGAUGAGAUGAUGACCAGAUAUCGUUGCACUGCCGCUGAGUUCCGGGAUUCGCUUGACAAGAUUAUUGCCAGGUUCAAAAUCGAGCCCAACUAUUUAUUCACCGGGAACCCACGAAAAAGCGUACACACCCCUGUCGCCACAUCUGGCAACUCAUUGACCCCAUACGCAGCCCAUGAGAUGGCUCCAGUAAACAACAAUUUCCUAGGACAUCCUGAGAUUGGAGUGCUCAGCAAUCGCACGUAUAAAUCAGCAGAUUACACAUUACCACCACUCAAGAACUGGGAAUUCAACGUCGACAACGACUUCGCCAAUAAACUAUCCGUACGUAUCCAGUCAAUGGCAUCAGAACAUGGACGUGGAACCUUCUGCAACCGUUGUCGAGGACUCAACUUCUGGGCAGGAGGUUUCAGUAUGGGUGAUACCAUGGUUGCCCUACAGAAACGCUCUAAGCAUUGCGACUUUUGCAGACUUUUGGCUCAGACUUGCGGAAAAAACCCCAAUGUAGUAAGUGGACGAAUGCAGAUUGAAAGAAAACAGUCGAAUCUCGUACUUCUGGGCGAUUCAUUCCCUGUGCUCUCGGUAUAUCGGAGUCUAGGUGAGUAGCAAGCGCAUCCAAGCAGUUAGCGUAGAUCUUCGUUAUUGACUUCAUACACAAUAGAUGCCAGACCACCGAUCCCUAUUCAGCUGGGACUACCACGGCUACCACCUCCUGGUAGCGACAUGUUCUUCGCCAUUUUGAACCUCUGGUUGAAAGAUUGUAAUGAGCACGUCAAUCACAAGGAGUGCCAAGUGACUACAAAGAUCAAUCUCCCCACUCGGCUCAUAGAUGUAGGGUCUCAGAGUAAACCCUCGCUCCGACUUGUCGAGACUGCUGUCGACAAAGUUUCGAGUGACGUCUACAUCGCACUAUCACAUCCUUGGGGCGAUGUCAGCAAAUAUAAGCCUUUCUGCACGCUUCGCGAAGAUCCUAGUAAGGCGGGGCACGAUAUCAGGCGGUUCAAACAGGCUAUACCAAAGGACCAACUCCCGGCAACAUUCGAAGACGCAGUCAUCUGUACUCGUAGGCUGGGUGUGCAAUACCUUUGGAUCGACUCACUUUGUAUCCUCCAGGGUGACGAUGGCGAUUUCAACGAAGAGUCGAAGAAGAUGGAAGAUGUAUACAGUGGAGCGUAUUGUGUCCUUGCCGCAAGUCGAGCCAACAGUCAAAAAGAUGGGUUUCUAGGCCCUCGACCUCAGCGCGAGUACGUCACAUUUCAAAGGGACGCCGAGAAGCCUUUCUAUGUCUGCAAGACUAUUGAUCAUUUCAGCAAGGACGUGAUCGAAGGUUCUCUGAACAAACGUGGCUGGGUUUUGCAGGAGCGCGCCCUUGCAAGACGGACCAUAUACUUUACAGAGAACCAAACGUACUUUGAGUGUGGUCAAGGUGUGCGUUGUGAAACCCUCACCAGUAUGCACAACAACAUGGCAGACUUCCUGGGUGAUCCCAGAUUCCCUGACAAAGCCAUGCGUACCCCAUCUAAGGCAUUGAAAAUAGCAUACUUCCAGGAGCUGUACAAGCAGUACUCACGCCUUGGGUUCUCAAGACCUGAAGAUCGCCCCUUUGGAAUAGCAGGUCUCGAAAAGCGGCUCUUGAACGCUUAUAGUACCGUGGGAGGCUACGGGGUCUUCGACGAUGGCAACGACCCCAAUGGUGGGCUAUUUCAUCGUAGCCUGUUAUGGCGACGAGGCGAAGCAGAUGGUGAUACCCCCGAGAUGGUACCCAUUGAAUUUGACGAGAGGAGAAACAUCCACGUACCAUCAUGGUCCUGGAUGGCAUACAUAGGCGGCAUCCAGUAUGCGGACCCUCCUUUCCAAACGGCCACUUGGGAAACUCAAGACAUCAUACCUCCUUGGACUCAGGGAAAUAUUCGACAUACAAGCUCAAUACCGGAUAGUGGCAUUGUUACCAUCACAGCCACCGUGAGGAAGUAUGUGAUAGCUGAGGGUGAGCGAAAUGAAGCCAAACUUGUAUUCGACAGAGUAAGAGCAUCUGGUUCUGAUGGCCACCUUUCGUACUGCGUCAUUGUCGCCAGAUCCAACGAGAGAAGAUCAGGCAAUAGACUGAGACGAUUUUAUGUACUGCUCGUGGAACCGACGCGGAAGAGGAAUGCUGACGGCGAGCAAACGUAUCGACGAAUCGGGGCGGGUUUCAUGCCGGGGAGGUACAUCGAUCUCGAUACGGGUGGUACCCCGGCAAGAAUCGUUUGA